UACAUAUGAAAGCAAGACGAGAGAUGCAAACCAUCAAGGAAAUUGAGCGUUAAUGAUAGAGAAGAUGGAGAACAUAACAGAGAAGCUUUGCUUAGCAAAAGCUAGUACCUCAACCCCAUCCUCGCCCCCCAUUCACAACCAAACUCAAAGUCCAAAACAUUUUGUGUUGAUACAUGGAGCUUGUCAUGGAGCAUGGAGCUGGUAUAAGGUGGCAACUCUCCUGAAGGACUCAGGUCAUCAUGUCACAGCUCUAGACUUGGGAGCAUCAGGGAUCAACCCGAUUCAGGUACAGCAACUGCCUUCGUUAUCAGAAUACGUCGAGCCUUUGACAAAGCUCAUGGUGUCUCUACCACCAAAUGAAAAGGUUAUCCUUGUGGCUCACAGCUUUGGUGGAGCCGUCAUAUCUAUUUUCAUGGAGAGGUUUCCUCAUAAAAUUGCUGCUGCAGUAUAUGUUACGGCUGUCAUGUCUGGUCCUACUCUCAAUUUCUCAACUAUACAAUCAGAGAUUAAGAAAAGAUUGGAUUAUAUGGACUCUCAAUUCAGAUAUGAUAACGGGACCAAUAACCCUGCAACAUCCUUUCUCUUUGGGCCUAAGGACUUGGCGACAAGCUUGUACCAGCUCUCACCACCACAGGAUUUAACCCUAGCGUUAUCGUUGGUGAGAUUUAUUCCUCGCUACAAUUAUGAUGUAAUAAAACUCACGAAAGAGAAGUAUGGAUCAGUUCCUAGAGUAUUCAUCGUGUCCAGCGAAGACCAUGCGAUAGUAAUGGAUGUGCAAAAUUAUAUGAUAAAAAGCAAUCCACCAAAUGAAGUGAAAGUGAUAAACGGUUCUGAUCACAUGGUCAUGCUCUCUAAACCCGUAGAGUUGUUCUUCCAUCUCCAAAACAUUGCUGAGAAAUAUUCAUAAACACAGUUAUACAGAGAUGGUUAGAUCAGCAAACAAGUAUUAUACUAUUAUCCAAAUAAGUGAGAUUGUUUUAUAAGGGAUAAGUACUAAGAAUUAUACGUGUCCAUGAACUUUAGCUAAAGAGGUAUGAAGUACUCAACAAUCUCAGAAUUCUCAAAUACAAUUUCAAUAUAUUUUUUGUUCACCGUAAGGAGGUAUUUAUAUAAUACAAUUAAGGAGUAUUAGAAAAUAAAUCAAAAUAAUCAUUAGCUCACAAGGACAAGGAAACCUAAAUUUAAAGUAAUAACAUAAAAUCUCUAUUUAUUCUACCCCAAAAAAGAAUUUGGUCGAAAUUUUUUGUGGUCUAUGUGGUGAUAUGGUAAUUUUAUGUGACGUUCAUGGUGAAAAGUUGUUACUUAUAAAGAAAUAAUGCAUCUAUGUAAUACGUAUAUUGGUCAAGAAGUGUAACUCAAGAAAAAAAGGCAUUAGUUCACAAUAAAGAGAUACAUCUCUUUAAUAUGUGAACCGAGUACAACAAAUGUACCAAGAAAUAUAACUCUAAAAUAAAGGAUUACACCUCUGACAAGGGUUACAACAAUUUGACAAGACUUAUACCUAUUGACUUGAGUGAUACCCUUUGGUUGUCUAUAAAUAAGAUUGCAAUCAACCCAUUUCAUUCUAUUUCCAAUUCACUUGCCUAAGAGAGAGUCAAAAUGUAAAUUAUCUUGUGUGAUGCCCAGUCUAACAACAGCCAUCACUGGCGAUGAUACUUCCUUUAUUAGUAAGGGUUGGGUUUUAAGUCGGAAAUUUAAUAAUUUUUCCAGAAGCGUCUACGUACAAGCUACACUAGAACUAAUAGUCCAACAGAGGCCAAAAGUUACCAAUGAAACAAAGAAGUCUGUUGGAAAGAAUAUUCAGUUGACUCCUCAUCCUAACAAUGUCACCAAGUCAAGUUGGUAGCACCGUUUCAAGAAGGAAAUCGAUUUGGUUGGUGGGUCAAGUUGGUAGCACCGUUUCAAGAAGGAAAUCGAUUUGGUUGGUGGGUCAAGUUGGCGUAAGGACAAGUUUCCAACUUCUGAAAAGUCGAGUCAAUAUUAAAUGUAAUUGGAAAUCACUUAUAAACCAACAAAUUGCCUUGCAAGGAAAUUCAAAACCGGAAUGAGUUCGGAUAACUUCAGUGUGAAUAAAAAUAAAUGUUAAAUAUUCCCAUGGUAUGAAAUGAUAAGGUAUCAUCUCAUGGCAUAUACCGUUUACAAAUCGAUUUAUAAGGAGUAUACCAUGAGAUGUAGGGUAGAUUCGAAAAAUAAAAAAUAAAA